AUGAACCCGGAUACGCUCAGUCAGCUAGGGACCUUGAAACAGUCAAGAAGUGAAGUCACCCAUUCAGCAGCCAAAAGACAUGCCAGGCAGACCAACUGGAUCAAAGGAGAGUCCAGCGAGACAGAGAAGAAUACCAUCAACCUACCAGCUCAAACUAUCAGUUUCUCAACAACAGAGUCAACCAGACUCCUCAACCCACAUCAUGAUGCUCUUGUCAUUGCACUUUACAUUGCUAAUUGUCUUACUAAACGUAUACUUAUUGAUAAUGGUAGUUCAACUAACAUUUUAUUUUUAAGUGCUCUCAGGGAAAUGGGGAUAGAUGAAUCAAAGAUUAUAAAGAAGACUACAAUCCUCAUCGGUUUCAGUGGAGAACAAAAGAACACACUAGGAGAGAUCGAGCUACCUGUUUAUGCCGAAGGAGUCAAUCUAUGCACAAGAUUCCUGGUAGUAGACUCUCCGUCUGCUUACAACGUGAUACUGGGUCGACCAUGGAUACAUGAAAUGGAGGCAGUCCCUUCAACAUACCACCAAGUCCUAAGGUUCUUAACUAAGUGGGGAGUAAAAGAAAUUAAAGGCCAACAGAAAGAUUCGAGAGCAUGUUACCAGACUACCAUGAAGGCCAAACCUGCUCAGUUAUAG